AUGAACAAGGGGAAAACUGUGGAUAUAGACAUUGGGAAGAAAGCUCAGAAGGGUAAUGGAGUCGAACAAGAUGAGAAUGGAUACCACUAUACUAGUUCAAAUGGUGGGACAGUUAAUCUGACGGAUGACUGGUUUCCUGAACCAGAGGGAACUUACAGGAAGUUUACCCAUACUCCAAAGGGUGGUAAAAUAGGGAGUAUUAAUAGUGGAAACCAAGGAUUAAAUACAUUUACUGGUUUAGCUACUUAUAAUAGUGUCUCAGUCUUUUACUGGUCGGAUGAUAAUACCUUUAGAAAUCCUCUUCUAAUUCAACUUGGUAGUGAAAAUGAUGAUUAUUACACUGAUCCUGAAGGUGAUAAUACUUGGAGUAAGCAGAGUGGAGUACAUAAUGGUACUCUCAGGAAGACCCUCGAUAAAGAGAACUGUAAAAGGAAUUAUGCUCAUGUUUUAGACAUUUCUAAGAAGAAUAACACAAAUUAUAACUGUCCAAGUUGUGAUACUGGAACAAAAAUCAAUGUAUCAUACUCCAGCGUCGCCAGUAUCAUUUCCUCUGCAUAUACUAUUCCUGGUGCUAGAUCCCCAUUCUCAGUAACUAGUUUCAAGAAUGAUAACAAUUGGCAAGCUGGACUACCAUCUCUAAAGGAUGUCAAAAAUGUCAAGGUCAUCUGGAGCUCAUAUGUUGGUAAUAAUAAACCCCUCCUUUCAGUCACCCCUCAAACUGGAAAUAAGAGAUACUUCAGGAGGAAUGCUGAGAAUGGAAAUGCCUGGAUUGAAGUUACUGCUAGUCAAUCUAGUCUACCUAAUGGAGAAACUCCUACUCUUGCUACUCUCGAUUUAUCUAGACAUGCUGGAACAUACACUAAUGGAGAUGUAAAGAUUACCGUUAGAGUUAGUCACAUCGGUGAUGGAUAUUACAGAUACCAGUAUUCUCUCUGCGGUGGGCCAUUUAGGGCCACUAAAGUCCAAAACAACUCUUCUACACUUUCUGGUAUAGAAUAUUUAGAUGGUACCCUUGAUAGUAUCUCCGCAUAUUACUUUGGAAGUACUACAGAGCCGCCUAAUCUUCUUCUAGUUGAACUAAGAUCACAAGGUGGGAAGAAUUACAACUACUUUUGCAGAGAAACAAAGGAUGCACAUACAUGGUCCCCCUGUCUUGGAUCCGGAGGGGAAACUGGUAAGCAACUUGUUGGAUCCUCUCUAAAACAAACUCUUGACGCUAUUAGGAAGGUACAAUUUCCUGAUCCUCCAAAGAGCAUUGGUCAGCAGAUACUUGAUUUCCUCAAUUCUACUUCUGGAAAAAUUACUGAAGGAGUUACAGGGGGUCUAGCAACGGUUGGGUUAGGUGGUCUAGGUAUAUGGAAAGGCCCUGCUCUAAUUGCAAAACUAAUAGCUCGUCUGUAA